AUGGUCGGUUUCGGCAAAGGCGGCAAAGGUCUGGGCAAGGGAGGCGCGUUACGUCAUCGCAAGGUGUUGCGCGACAACAUCCAGGGAAUCACAAAGCCAGCAAUACGACGGCUGGCUCGUCGCGGUGGCGUGAAGCGUAUCUCAGGCCUCAUCUAUGAGGAAGUUCGUGGCGUCUUGAAGGCAUUUCUUGAUCUCAUCAUCGGCAGCGCAGUCACGUACUGCGAGUAUGCGAAGCGCAAAACUGUCACGACAAUUGACGUGCUGUUCGCGCUGAGACGCCGGGGCCAUACUCUGUACGGUUUCGGCGUCUGA